UUGACCUUGUCUGAACCUUGUAUGCAGUGCCUCUCGCUCUUAAGCUCUUCAUCCACAUAUCAACAGGGCAACCGGGGAUGGCGUCGUCGCCGCCACUGCCGCGCGUGUGCGUGACCGGCGGCGGCGGGUACAUCGCCUCGUGGCUCGUCAAGCUGCUCCUCUCCCGCGGCUACGCCGUCAACGCCACCGUCCGCGACCCACGCGAUCCGAAGAAUGCGUGCCUCGAGCAGCUGGAUGGGGCUCGGGAGAACCUGCGGGUGUUCAAGGCCGACAUGCUCGACUACGGCGCGGUGACGCCCGCGCUCGCCGGCUGCGAGGGCGUCUUCCACAUCGCCACUCCGGUGCCCGAGCAGGAGAUGGUUGACCCCGAGGCAAGUGUUCACCCAUCUCCUGGGCCAGCUUAUAUAUGUGAUGUUACUAUCUAUGUUACUCCCAUUGUGAGUAGUCUAAGAUGCCCGUGCAUUGCACGGAACACCAAGAUUGAGGGUGGAUGGCGCCGGCAGCGGCCAUCACAACAGAUUGUUCCGUGGCCUUCUGGAUGUGGUGGGGAAGAGAUAAGGCUGAUUAAAGAGAUGAUGGAUCCUACUGUCAAGGGAACCAUGAAUGUACUCAAGGCCUGCUCAGCUAUGAACGUUGAGAAACUCAUUCUGGUUUCAUCUGCCGCCAGUAUUUGCUUCAAUCCAGAUUGGCCAGAAGAUAAAGUCAAAGAUGAAAGCUGUUGGUCAGACAAAGAGUUCUGCAAGGAGAAUAAGAGCUGGUAUUCGCUUGCGAAGACCGAAGCUGAAGAGAUAGCCCUGGAAUACGGUGACAAGAACGGAUUGCAUGUCAUCACAUUCUGCCCUGGUCUGGUCUUCGGCCCUCUGUUGCAGCAUGUGGUGCUCAACACUAGCAGCAAGGUCCUCCUCUACAUGAUAAAAGGUUGCAAUCCUAACUCAAGUGCAAUAUGCAGCAUUUCUUUCUUGCUUUCUGUAACUCUGUUGUUCUUGGCAUUUAUCACUAGGGUAACAAUAUUUUGGGAAGUGCAUGGAGGCCCUGAUACGAUGAACAACAAGUUCUGGCCCAUAGUAGACGUCCGCGACGUAGCCGGCGCGUUGCUCCUGUUGUACAACAAGGCAGGGCCACAUGAGAGGUACAUAUGCUCGUUAGACCAAAUGGACUUGAAGGAAUUGCUGGAGAUAAUGAAGAGCAUGUACCCUAGCUACAGUUAUGCAGACAAGAUGGUCGACGUGGAUUACAAGGGUGCACUGACUUCGGAUAAGCUGAAGAAUUUGGGGUGGAAACCAAGGAAAUUAGAGGAUACACUGGCAGACAGCGUCGAGUCGUAUGAAAAGGCAGGGCUUCUUCAUGUUUCAGAUGGCGAACCCUGCCGGCUUCCCUUCUUCUACCGCAUGCCACCUUUGGUGGAAUGAGCCAGCACCAUUUAGUCAUUGAUUUUUAUUUUUUCUUGAGACAUCACUGAAUGUGUUUUGGAAAAAUAAGGAGGGGAUCAGGUCCCAUGGGUCA